AUGGUCGUUGAUAUGGAAAAGUCCAUCUCAAGGGCAUCCCUGAGAGGUGACGUCAAUUCGGUGCUCUCCCGUCAUACUGAAGAUUACCAUCUCUACGUCUCCAAAUCAAACCCUUCAGCUAACCUUGCCUUCCAAGAAGGCCAUGACUUGAAGAAGGGUCUUCAUGCAAGACAUGUCACCAUGAUUGCCAUUGGUGGGGCCUUGGGUACCGGUCUUUUGAUUGGUACUGGGUCUGCCUUGGCCAAGGCUGGCCCUGCCGCCAUCUUGAUUUCUUAUUCUGCCAUUGGAUUUGUUGUCUACAUGGUUAUGUGUGCCUUGGGUGAAGUUGCAACCUUCAUCCCCCUCGCCGACGGGUUCGCCGGUUACUGUAACCGUUAUGUUGACCCAGCCUUGGGCUUUGCCUGUGGUUAUGUCUAUCUCUUCAAGUAUCUCAUUCUCCCCGCCAACCAGUUGGUUGCCGGCUCCCUCACGGUCCAAUAUUGGGUUUCCAAGGAUAAAUUGAACCCCGGGGUCUGGAUCACCAUCUUCUUGGUCAUCAUUGUAGCCGUCAAUAUCUUGGGGAUCCGUUUCUUUGGAGAAAUCGAAUUUUGGUUAUCCUCUUUGAAAGUGUGUACUUGUUUAGGUUUGAUCUUGGUCUUACUUAUCAUUGCCCUUGGAGGUGGUCCAACCCAUGAUAGAUUAGGAUUCCGUUACUGGAAGUCCCCCGGUGCCUUCAACCAUUUUGUAGACAAGCUGAAAAAUUUGAACAUCGAGGGUGAUAAGGGAAGAUUUGUGGCCUUUGUCUCGGUCCUUGUCACCGCCGUGUUUGCCUUUUUGGGUACCGAGCUCUGUGGGAUCACCUUUGCCGAAUGUCAAAGACCUCGUAGAGCCAUUCCAAAGGCCAUCAAGUUGACUUUCUACAGAAUUGUCAUUUUUUACUUGCUCUCCAUCUUAUUUUUGGGGAUGUGUGUUGCCUACAAUGACCCUCUUUUGGUCUCUGCCAAGGGCUCCACCGCUGCUGCAUCUCCCUUUGUCAUUGCCAUCAAAAACGCCCAAAUCCCAGCCUUGGAUCACAUCAUUAACGCCUGUAUUUUACUUUUCGUGCUUUCUGCCGCAAAUUCAGACAUGUACAUUUGUUCUAGAACCAUCUACGGGUUGGCCGUCGCUGGUUAUGCUCCUAAAUUCUUCUCCAAGACCAACAAAAUGGGUGUUCCUUACUAUGGGGUCGCCUUGAGUUUCUUGUUUUGUCUCUUGGGUUACAUGACUGUAUCCACUGGAGCUGCCCAAGUGUUCACCUAUUUUGUCAAUGUUGUGUCUUUGACCGGGUUGAUUGCCUGGGCCUGUAUUCUCGUCAUCCAUAUCAGAUUCAUGAAGGCCUGUAAGGCACAAGGUAUCGACCGUAAGAGAGAUUUGGCGUACCGUUCUCCCUUCCAACCAUACGGCAGUUAUUUUGCCCUUGGCUUGUGUGUCCUUGUUAUCCUCAUCAAGAACUUUACCGUGUUUUUGGGUAAACCAUUCUUGUACAAGGACUUUAUCACGGGUUACAUCGUGUUACCAGUGUUCAUCAUCAUGUAUGCCACUUUCAAGAUCUACCACAAGACCAAGAUGUUUGCUCCUCAUGAGGUCGACUUGGUCACCUACAGAGACGUCAUUGACGCCGAAGAGGCCCAAUAUGCCGCCGAGGAAGAAGAAAGAAAGGCCUUGAGAGAAGCCCAAGGAAACCCAAGAGACAAGGAAUGGUACUACGAUACGUUUGUGGGCUGGUUGUUCUAA